AUGGCGGCCACCGGAGAUUUGAUUGACUUCGAUAUCAUCGAGAACCAGAAGGAGAAUAUCCAGUCACUACCCGGAGGCCGUUCUGCCAGGGAGCUGGCCCGAAUCUUCUCUCCUCGUGACCCUAGCGAUAAACUGUCAUCUCCUUCCCCAAACGACACCAGGACCCUUAACGACGCUAUCAGACAAGAAUAUGAAGCCGAAUUACAGGCGAUUGGAGAAUCAGAUGAUCCUCUCGACAUAUAUGAUCGCUACGUAAAGUGGGCAUUGAACGCCUAUCCCACGGCGCAGGCAACCCCGGAAUCUGGCCUCUUACCCCUGUUAGAGCGCGCGGUCAAAUCAUUCUUAUCAUCACCUCAUUACAAAAAUGACCCGCGAUACCUUAAAUUAUGGCUCCACUAUAUUAGGCUCUUCUCCGAUUCACCACGGGAAACGUUUGCAUUCAUGGCUCGGCACCAUGUCGGGGAAGGGUUAGCCUUGUUCUACGAAGAAUUUGCCGCGUGGCUUGAAAGUGUUGGAAGAUGGACGCAGGCGGACGAAGUGUACAGGCUUGGCAUCGACCGAGAAGCACGACCAACUGAACGUCUGAUCCGAAAAUACGGUGAAUUUCAGAGACGCUAUGAACAACAACCGCAGGACAAUGGACCUUCGUCACCGGCGCUCCCUGCAGUGCGCCCGGCACUGGCCGCCAAAGUCGACCCGUUCGCUUCGAGUGCAGCCGCACCCACAGAUCCCCAAUCCCAGCAGCAGGGUUCAAGAACCACGAACGCGCCGAAGACAAAAUCGGGGAAGCCGAAGAUGGCCAUAUUUACUGAUACCGAGCCUGCAGCAAAUCAACCGGCUUUAGGCGCACAAACUAAAGGGUGGGACAGUCUUGAAUCUAGGCACGAUCGACGAAAGGAGAACCAAAUAGAGGCCAAACCCUGGGCCGGGGAAACAUUGAAAGCUGGAAGGAAAGCUCCGCCAAAGGAGAAGCUAGCUGUUUUUAGGGAUGAGUCAAAGUCAGAUUUACCAACCAAAGAGGAAAUGCAAUCAAACCCAGUUCCAGAGCACCGCAUACGGGAAGCCGUAAACCCACGUACAGGAAGGAGAGAGCGAGUCUUUGUCGACCUCGAUGCAGUGUACCCCGAUUAUAAGAAUCCUAGCAUUGAGGUUAGCUUUGAGGAGCUGAGGGCCAUGAAGCGUGGCUGGAUGGACAGGGACUGGCGCAAGAAAGGACCUCUCAAGCAGAUCUCUGGCAACGCUGUCCAAACAGAGCCUAAUCCAUUUAACGACAAAGCCCUUCGAGACCAGUUCCAACAAAAGCUGUCGUUGAGGAAUACAGAUGACCAUGCUUUGAAUCAACCCAUCGUCUCUGAGAAGACUCAUGACGCCAAAGCUGCCAAAGGACGGAAGCUGAAAGUCCGCGAAGUUAAGGGCGAAACACAGACAAUCAAAAUGAAAUUUGACUCUCCCACUGGAGGCAAGAUCCGCCGCAAGAGCACCGCAGAGCCUACGAUGACAAUCCAUACGCGCGCUGCAACAGACGAAAUAUACAGCAUUUUCAACCAGCCUUUGAAAGCGGAGACCGAAAAUGUGGCCGAAAGCAGUGAUUUCGAUGAUGAUGACUAUACCAGUGCCGGUGAAAGUACGGUUGGACGAAUAUCUGCUGCGUCAAGCGAUUUUGGGGACGACACAUUCCACAAAUCGUUCGAUGAAGGUGACGGCGAUGACUUCGAAAACACGAGCGCCGACAGCGUUGUCAAUGGAGAAUGGACUCGAUUUUCCGCUGCUGAACUGGGCGCUGAAGCAACCUCGUUCCACUCAGAAGCUGCUGACCCAACACAAUCAACGAUUCACCAUGCCGAAAGCGACGACACAGAAGACCAGGAUGCUGGACCAGAAUUUGAGCAGCCGCAAAGGCCGAGAUUCAUUCCAGAGAUGCCAGAGGAUUAUGUACCACCCGUUGGACCGUACCGAGAUCCAGUCGUUGUGGCUCAAAGCCGCUUGCCAUUCAUGACACCUAUUGUUGAACGCACCGAGCAUUCAUUCCCUUCCAUGACUGCAGCGCGGUCUAACCUAUACAGCGCGAAGACUCCUUCGAACGUGCUGAACCCGACGACAACACCUCGCAUGCCCCGGAUGGGAAAUCUUCUUUCCAGUCCGCUUCCAACGGAAACACCUUUUCAUGGACAAACCAUGCACGGCCUAGAAGAUAUCAUUGAAAGUCCCACCGCAAACAGGUCAGGUUCUUCUAGCCUGAGAGUACCAUCUCCCACAAAGGAUUCCAAUCCACAAGGUACUAUAAUCAAAGAUACUCUUUGCAAUCCCAUAGACCGGUCGAUUCGAGACACUAUCCUUCAGGAAUUGCACACCACGCUCGCUGCGUACCCUGGCUACCAUGCUCAUCCGGAUACCCAAUCUCAUUACGCCCCUGAGAUAGAAAGGUUCAUGAAAAGCAGCAGCAAGCGUUCCAGAAGUGGCGGCGAGGCGGCGUUUGACGUGCCGAUCAUCGAUCCGCCGGGAGGAGAGCGCAGUUAUAUCAUCAGACGGGAGCUCGGUGCAGGAGCCUACGCUCCAGUCUACUUAGCGGAGAGCAUUGACAAUCUAGACUCUGACUCGGAAAUGGAAUCCGUUGGCAGCAAUAGCGGGCGCUCUACCGUUUCCAACAGCUUAACGCGGCAGAAAACACCCCGUUACAGCUUCGAGGCAAUCAAGCUAGAGGUUGGCCCGCCAAACGCCUGGGAGUUCUACAUGAUCCAAACCGCACAUCACCGAUUAAGCCAGCUUCCAACGCUCUCGCGUGCAGCCGACAGUAUCGUACGUGCGCAUGAGAUGCACAUUUUCAAGAACGAGAGCAUCCUUGUCGAAGAUUACCGCCCACAGGGAACGUUACUGGACCUCGUGAACCUUGUCCGCAACGAAGGGAUCUCCGGCCCGGCGACUGGAGAGGGAGGCUUAGAUGAGUCUCUAGCCAUGUUCUUCACCAUUGAGCUCUUCCGCACUAUCCAGGCUCUCCACACCUGCGGCAUUCUUCACGGCGACAUCAAAGCCGACAACUGCCUCAUCCGCUUCGACGACAAACCAGACCCCACUCAGCAGAUACUCGAUGAAAACACAGAUCCCCGCGAAUUCUACUAUUCACCUUCCGGCGCUUUUGGCUGGAAAAACAAAGGCCUUGCCCUUAUUGACUUUGGCCGCGGUAUCGACAUGCGUGCAUUCGACCCGUCUGUGCAGUUCGUUGCAGAUUGGAAAACAGGGGAACAUGAGUGCCCUGAGAUCCGUGAGAUGAGACCUUGGACGCACCAAAUUGAUCUUUACGGUCUUGCGGGGACAGUUCACGUUAUGCUUUUUGGAAAAUACAUUGAGAGCGUCCCUACCGAUGCAAGCAAGAAAACGUAUCGGAUUCGCGAACCGCUGAAGAGAUACUGGGAAAAGGAUAUCUGGGCCGAUGUUUUUGAUCUUCUUUUGAAUCCUAGUGCGGAGCGGUGGGCUCGGAUGGAGCAGAAAUCGAAUGUUAACGCCUCCAACCUUCCAGUCCUAGUCUCAAUGCAGCAUCUCCGUGAACGGAUGGAAAGUUGGCUCGUUGACCAUGCUGAGAAGAAAGGUUUGGGCUUGCAGAUCCGAAAACUCGAGGCAAUUUUUGCAGAGAAAAAGAAGAGAUUGGAGAAGUAACUCCAAUUUCAAUUAUCCUUCCGUUUUUGUUUUGUUUUUCAACUCACAUCUAGGGAAGGUUGACUUUUUUCUGUCUUUUCCCCUUCGCUUCUUGAACAUCAUUUGGCUGAUCCCGACAUUGGUGGUCGUCGACUUCACUCUUGUAAUGUUAUCAUGACAUAGUACAGCACAGCACCCGCGUAUACCCCUUUUCUUUUUUGCUUUGCACUGGUAUUCAUCUCCUUUCCUCUAUUCGUUCUGAUAUUCUGCUUCACGUCUUUAUGUUAUCAAUUGUUCGUAUAUGGCUAAGGAAUAAUAUAAU